AGAGAGAGGAAGAGGAGGGGAGGUGGUUCAGGAGGAAACGAUGAAGAAUCAGAAACAAGGAGGAAGACAAACGAUGAAGAAUGGAGCGGGUCGCAACAGAACCAGGACAAAAAUUAAAAAAAAAAAAAGGAUGGAGGAGAGGAGAAGAAAGGCAAAGAGUUAAAGAUGAGCCUGAAACAUUAAAACUACAGUUUCUCUUCGUCUCCAACUCGUCAGAACCAGAACCAGAAGGCUACUGACAUCUACUUCCUGUCAUCUUCAUCACCUGAUUCUGCCUGAUGAAAUUAUGUGUUUUAAUCUGAAAGGUAUAAAAAAUAAAUCAGGUUUUUCAACUUUUAUAAAUAAAUCUGUAACAGAACUUAUUUAUCCURARUUAUCCCCKUCCGCAAAAUCGCCACCUUAACGUGGUGGAGGGGUUUGUGCACCCCCGUGAUCCCGGGGGUUUAUGUUGUCUGGGGCACUAGCCUCUGGUAGGGUCUCGCAUGACAAACAGGCCUUGGGGGAGGGGUCAGACAAAGAUUUAAAACCAUUGAUGACAAAACAACAACAACCACAUCAGGAAACCUCGCCUGGAAUAGGGAAACCGGGGCACCUCCCUGGAGCAAGGCCCUGGGGGGAGCUCGCCGGCGAGCGCCUGGUGGUCGAGCCUUGGCUCCUGGGGCUCGGCCGGGCGAAGCCCGAAAGGACUAUAGGAGGCCACCUCCACGUGGACCCACCACCUGCAGUGAGGACCAUCAAGGUUGGGUGCGAUGUAUGCUGGGCAGCAGGUGAAGGAGGGUCCCUGGACAUGCUGAUCCCUGGUGGUAAAGACUGGCUCUAGGGACAUGGAACGUAACCUCACUCACAGGUAAGGAGCCAGAGCUUGUGGGUGAGGUUGAGUGUUACCAGCUAGAUAUAGUUGGGCUCACCUCCACUCACGGCCUGGGCUCUGGAACCCAACUCCUGGAGAAGAGCUGGACUCUCUCCUACUCUGGAGUUGCCCAGGGAGAGAAGCAACGGGCGGGCGUGGAGAUACCCACAAGCCCCCGUCUGUGUGCCUCAGUGUUGGAGUUCACUCCGGUGGAUGAGAGGGUUGUCUCUACGUGGCUUCACGUUGCAGGAGGGAAGGUUCUGAUUGAUGUUUGUACUUAUGCACCAAACAUCAGUUCAGAUUACCCGGCCUUUUUGGAGUCCUUGGAUGGUGUCCUGGAAGGGGUGCCGUCUGGUGACUCCCUAGUUUUGCUGAGUGACUUCAAUGCCCAUGUGGGCAAAGACGGAGUUAUCUGGAAGGGGGUGAUUGGGAGGAACGGCCUCCCCGAUCUGAACCUGAAUGGUGUUCUGUGUUUGGACUUCUGUUCUAAGCACGGGUUGGCCAUAACGAACACCAUGUUUGAGCAUAGGGUGGACCAUAAGUGUACUUGGUACCAGGCCACCUUAGGCCAAAGGUCGAUGAUUGAUUCUGUAAUCGUGUCAUCGGAUCUGCGGCCCUAUGUUUUGGACACUCUGGUGAAGAGAGGGCAGAGCUGUCAACUGAUCACCACCUGGUGAUGAGUUGGAUCCGGUGCCCUACAGAUCUGGUAAACCCAAACGUAUAGUGAGGGUGAACUGGGAACAUUUGGGGGAGUCCCCUGUCCGUGUGAUCUUCAACUCACACCUCUGGGAGAGUUUUUCAGGUGGUCGGGGACAUGGAAUCUGAAUGGGCCAUUAUCAGGGCCUCCAUUGCAAAUGCAGCUUCCAGGAGCUGUGGCCUGAAGGUCAUCUGUGCCUGUCGCGGCGGCAACCAAAGGACCCGCUGAUGGACACCGGCGGUGAUAGAGGCCAUCAGGCUGAAGAAGGAGCCCUUCCGGACUUGGCGGACCUCAGACUGGACCUGGUGGACCGCAGACUGGACCUGGUGAACCUCAAACUGGUCCUAGUAGACCUCAGACUGGACCUAGUAGACCUCAGACUGGACCUAGUAGACCUCAGACUGGACCUAGUAGACCUCAGACUGGUCCUGGUAGACCUCAGACUGGUCCUGGUAGACCUCAGACUGGUCCUGGUAGACCUCAGACUGGUCCUGGUGAACCUCAGACUGGUUCUAGUAGACCUCAGACUGGUCCUAGUGGACCUCAGACUGGUCCUGGUAGACCUCAGACUGGUCCUAAUAGACCUCAGACUGGUCCUGGUGGAACUCAGACUGGACCUGGUGAACCUCAGACUAGUCCUAGUAGACCUCAGACUGGUCCUAGUAGACCUCAGACUGGUCCUAGUAGACCUCAGGUUGGUCCUAGCAGACCUCAGGUUGGUCCUGGUGGACCUCAGACUGGUCCAAAUAGAUCUCAGACUGGUCCAAAUAGACCUCAGACUGGUCCAAAUAGACCUCAGACUGGUCCAAAUAGAUCUCAGACUGGUCCAAAUAGACCUCAGACUGGUCCAAAUAGACCUCAGACUGGUCCAAAUAGACAUCAGACUGGUCCAAAUAGACCUCAGACUGGUCCUGGUAGACAUCAGACUGGUCCUGGAAGACCUCAGACUGGUCCUGGAAGACCUCAGAGUGGUCCUAGUAGACCUCAGACUGGUCCUGGUGGACCUCAGACGGGUCCUAUUAACCUUAGACUGGACCUAGUAGACCUCAGACGGGUCCUAGUAGACCUCAGACUGGACCUGGUGGACCUCAGACUGGACCUAGUGAACCUCAGACUGGACCUGGUGAUCCUGAUGGAUCUCAGACUGGUCCUGGUGGAGCUCAGACAAGAUAAUCAAACUGGACUUUCUACAGGACGUGGACACAAGUUCKUGUGUUGGUUUCUCUCGACUAUCCUGGGGGUUCCUGUGGUUCUGUGUCCUCCAGUCUGAAGACAAGACCCAGGUCAUCCCGGUGCUUGACUCAGACCUAUCUAGGUCAAAUUUAUUUAUUUAUUUAUUAUUUAUUUAUAGCACUUUUCAGCAGAAAGGUGAUACAAAGUGCUUCUACCCACCAAACCUGAUCUCCACAUGUCCUUAACAAUCUCUAUUACCUCAACGUCCUGUUCUGAGGGUCUGAUAAUGAGCUUGGGCCUCAGAGUACCAGAAAAUCUGAGUCUGAUGGCCUGGAUCUGAGACUAAUGUCAARCAAACAAAACCUUUCAACAAAGGGAUUAAAUAUCACCUCUAAUCUGGACAUGUGUAUUAUGGGUUAACUUAAUUUGAAAUGUAUUUAAUUUCUGAGGUUAAUCUUGCYUUAAACCCCAUCUUGAACACCUGAAACAGGUAAAUGUUUUCCACACAGACCUGACUGAACUCGAUYGUUAAAGGUUUCUCUGUAAACCACAUCAGUCAGGAGUUUAAACAGAAAACAAGCUGAAACUCA